AUGUUCACUUACCAUAUGGAAAAUCCAGCCCAGGACAGAGAGUACACCAUCAACUGUAAAAGAAAAGUAGUACAAUUCGUCUACAGAUGGGUGGUGACCAUAAGGCAUCCGGUGUUUGACGACGUCGUCUCGAUGUCAUUUCUCGAGGAACUGGCCAGUGAUGUGGAAGCCGAUUGUCAACUGCUGGGUGGAAAGAGUCAAGCUCUGCAAGAGGAAGCUAGCCUAAUGCAUCACAUCAUGUCUCGGUUGAGACGGUAUCAGGACGAACGAUUAGAGACUUCGGGCUUAAAAUGGAAGUUACCGCCUGGUGGUCAACCCAUUUGCCUGUUUUCAGCAAUAAGCAAUCCGUCAAAAAAUAAUAGGCCGAUCAUCCGACCAAACGAUGACAUCAUAUUCCGAGUGUACUGUGCCGAUCAUACGUUUUGCACAUUGCGACUGGCUGUCAACGCCACUGCAGAAACCAUCAAAGUGGGAGCGUACGAAAAAUGCAGUCUCCGGCAUCCCGUUCAAGAUCUGAGGAUAGUGGAAGUAAAAUCAAACGGGGAAAGGGUACCGUUCAGGGACAGCGAACACUCGAUACCCACCACCGUGGCACUAAACAGUUGCAUAUUUCUGACGCCAAAAGAUCACAUGGAUGCAUUGACGUGUGUGCCAGAACAAGAAAAAUCUGAAGGAGCGGAGAUAUCGGGUGAUUUUGAUUCACUGAGCACCAAGGAACUGGCGUAUCACAUGACACUUUUUGACUGGGAAUUGUUUUGGAAUGUCCACGAGUAUGAACUGAUAUACUUAACGUUUGGCAGACAUCGAUUCCAACAAAUCACAGCAAAUUUGGAUAUAUUUCUCAGACGUUUCAACGAAAUCCAAUAUUGGGUUAUUACCGAGAUAUGUACGUCACAAAAUAUAUCAAAAAGAACGAACAUACUGAAGAAAAUGAUCAAAUUGGCAACAUACUGCAAAGAGUAUUAUAAUUUCAACGCAUUUUUCGCCAUCCUCAUGGGACUAAGCGACGUGGCUGUCAGUCGGUUGUCGACUACUUGGGACAAGUUGCCGUCCAAGUCACGGAAACAGUUCACUGAAUAUGAGACGCUCAUCGACCCAAGUCGGAACCACAGGGCGUACAGAAUCACCGUCGGCAAAUUACCCUCUCCCAUGAUACCGUUCAUGCCCCUGCUCAUCAAAGACAUGAAAUUCACCCACGACGGCAACAAAACGCACGUGGACGGUUUGGUCAACUUUGAAAAAAUGCACAUGCUGGCUCAAACCAUGAGAACACUCCGGUACUGCCGAGCCAGGCAUUUAGUCUUGGACCCGCCGGUGUCGAAAAACGAAGCCGACGUCAAAUCGUACGUGAGCUGUUUGAGGUGUGUGAACAACGAACGGACGUUGAUGAGCAUGUCCCAGAAACUAGAACCCAGGAGAACUUAG